AUGAGAGGCUAUUCGGUAGGACGAGGAGAGAACCUAGAAUCCGCGCUUCUCCGAAAAGUGGCGCUCCUAACGAGAUGUGGAAUCGAGAUCGACAGCAUCAAACACUUCACGAAAGACCCAGAGUGGACCGCGGAUUCCGACUUGUUGUUUGCAGCUUUCCUGGGUGCGAUCAGCGGGUCAUUUAUGAUUUUCAUCGAGCAAGUUCCGGUCGCGCAGUUGAAAGACGCGCGGAAAAUCGAGCAAGUCCUGGAUGAAGCAUCGCUGGUUGCGAAUGCUGAGAUCAUGGAGGCUUUCCCCGACAUCAUCUCAUUCGUGUUCCGCCACCGGGAAGGCAAUGAUCUUGAGCUCUGGAAAUCACUCGGGACAGCUUGCGAAUAUGGGAAUCACAACGCUGUCCGGAAGAUCCUUGAGAAAAUUGAUAGUCUCACAUGGGAUACCUGGACUGACAACCAAUCCGAAGCUCUUGUCACUGCUGUCAGCAGGGGCUUUGAAAAGUGCACAGGGGUGAUACUUGAGUUCAUGAACCCCACUGAAUCCGGAGGCGAAGAGUUCCUGCGGCGAGCGCUGCUUGAAGGGUUGAAUAAGGCGCGGUUGGGCACAAGCACGCAGCUCUUGCCAGCCUGUCCGGACAUACUCGACAGCGAAACGACAAGGACAGCUCUCAGACGAGCUCUUGGCCAGGAAAGACUCGAGAUUGUUCAGCUUCUUCUCGAGUAUGGUGCGCCACUCAAUGCUGACCUGGAUGGGUUCGCGCCCUUGCACCUUGCUGCCUCGGACGGAUACAUCCAAGGCGUCGAGUACCUGCUCUCAAAGGGUGCUGACAUAAACAGUACCGACUUUCGUGGUGCGACGCCGCUGAUAUAUGCUUGCUUUAAUCAGCAUUCCGACGUGGCAAAAUUCUUGUUGAACAAUGGUGCAGACACCAGGCUCUCGAUGACACAAGAUCCGAGAAGGGACUGGUCUGCGUUAGAAGCGGCGCACCGAAGCCCUGCCAUAAUAGAGAUGCUUAUCAAUAAUUCGCCUCAACCAGACUUCAAAAGGCGAGCAAUCUUGGGUGGCGGUCACGUCACUGCUCUGUACCUGGUAGCGGCCAACGGCAUUGCGGAGUCCGUUAGGAAGUUGCUCCAACAAGACGUUGAGUUGGAGUUCGAGAGAGAGACUGAUUCUCAGUUCGAAAAGGGCUGGACUGCGCUCAAUGCCGCUGCUGGGUUCGGGCAUCACGGCGCCGCGCGGCUUCUCCUGGAGCAGGGCGCCGAUGUCAACCAUACCGAGAAGGACUCUGACCAUCACCUGCAUAUGCUGGCGCGGACCGAAGACGAGGAAAUCUUGGUAGCAUUGCUCGAGUACAACCCAAACCCUUGGGGACUGGACCAAGGGCUGAACUCGGCAAUAAGUUCUGGUCUGCCCAUCGGCUUCGUGACGAGACUCCUAAACCCAGGGGCGGACCCAAAUGCAAUCGAUACAAGGGACGAAUUACGAGAUACUCCGCUCACCAAUGCAUACUUAAUUCACAAUGGCAGCCUUGACACAGUACGGCUUCUGAUCCGCAGGAAUGCCGACGUACAAGGAGCCUCACCGAACAGAAGAGGAUCACCGCUACAUUCUGCAUGCGAAUUCAAGAGCAUCGAUUUUGAGCAGGUGCUUCUUGACGCACAUGCCGACGUCAACCUCCACGUGCUUCAUCUGGGUACACCACUUCAGAGAUGCUGCGACUCCAACUUGGACCCGCAAGCGAAAAUCCGUUUGCUGGUUGAGAAAGGAGCGGAUGUGAACGCCGAAGGCAGUUUCGGUGAGACCAUCCUCACGCUUGCAUGUUUUCGAGCAAGCAUUUCCACCGUCAGCUGCCUUGUCGAGCUGGGUGCUGUAGUCACAACCCCCGACAUUGUGGGCUGCGUGCCCGUAUUUGCAGCUUGCCUCAGCCCCGACAGCCGCCAGGGGUUGGUGCAGAUGUUGCUGUCGUGGGGCGCAGACCUAGCAACAGAGGUCAGGGAUAAGAUGGGGAGGACAAUACUGCACUACGCGGCACUCGGUGGCGACCUAAGCCUGGUGGAGUGGCUCAUUGAAAAGGAACCGUCCUUGAUAACUGCCAAAGACGCCGACGGAUGGAGCGCGAUCCACUGGACGCUGAAACCGCCUUAUAUCCGGUCUGCCGGAUCGGAUGAUGCAGACUCCAGCAUGGCCCCGAGCGAGGAAGCCAAAGUGGCCAUAAUUCGUCUGCUGGUCGAUAAAGGCCGCCCAGGAAUCAAUGACAAGGUCCGGGUGGGUGACGACGGUGAAUGGAGCCCUGUGCGCAUUGCAAGAUAUUUCAAUGCACCUCCUGCCGUGGAAAAGGUGCUCGGUGAGCUUUCGCAGAAUGACGCUACCGAAGACAAGAAUCAUCGCAAGGGGCUCUCCCUUGAAGGGUCUUGCGACGGAUGCUAUUGUGAUAUGUAUGGAAAGUGCUUUGAUUGCAAGCACCCAAGUUGUUGGGAUAAUUAUUGGCUAUGCAUUAAAUGCAUCGUGCAUAAGGAAGCGAUCCACCCAUGGCCCGACCACACGUUCAAUCGAUACAACGAUGAUGAGUUUGAAACACUUGAUGGUGAAUCAGAGGAUCGUUCGAUAAAGUUAGAGAAGGAUAAGGGAGAGACAGGAGGCGCAGGUGAUGAUGGCGAGGACGGCGACGGCAGCGACGGCAGCAAGGAAGAAAAGCGUUGA